AUGAGGCUGAGAAACCCCUCGGACACCGCCACCAGCGCCACCAGCGCCAGCAGCAGCAGCAACAGCAGCAGCAGCAGCACCGCCACCACCACUGCCACACCGGCAUUCCCUCCCAGCCGCCUUCCCCUGCGCACGAACACUGCGCACCUGCCUACCGACGAGGAGCUCAUCCUCCAGCGCGAGGUGGCGGAAUACGAGAUUGCCCAGGUGACCUCGGACCACCGGUCCUUGGCCGACCGCCUGCAGACCACUGCUCCUGCUGCCCCUCCUGCCGACCUGCUGGACGAGGUCCUGCCCCCCUGGUCGGCUACUCUCCCACCCAAGGCCCCCGUCGCCGGCCCAUCCAACCCCAUUGCCUCCACCGGCUGGGACGACAACGCCACGGUCUUGGACGACCUGUCGGACUUCGACAACAGCGACACCGACGAAUCGCCCGACCAGCGGCUCCUGGUCACCGCGGCCCCGGUCUUCUCCACCGGCGCAUCGCACUUCCGCCCCCAGCCGACGCCUCUGCCGGAAUCCCACACGGCGCACCGCCCGCCCGCUGGGCUCCCCACGUCGCCACCUUUUUCUCGGAUUUCCGCGCAAGCCAGCCGAGCUGCUCCGAUUCCCACCGGUGUGGCUGUCCCGUCGGACGACUUCCACGCCGAGGCUCUCCUGUCAACGCACUCCCUGUCCUCCUCCUCCUCCCUGUCGGCUGCCCACUCGGCCUCCGACUCUUGCCCGGCUUCCCCGGAGCCCGGGGUCCCGUCGGACUCGAACUCGCCUUCACACUCGGCCUCGGACUCGGGGCUGGAUUCCCCUCUGGCGAGUCAGCCUCAUCCCUUCCUCCUGCACCGUCAGCCCGAGGCAUCCGCCCCUCCUGCGACAGGCAUGACAUCUGCCACCCUCCUGCCGCCGCUGCCCUCCGCCGCCGCCACCAUGCAGGGUGCUGCCACCACCCCUGCGGCCUCUGUGCCCGGUGCAGCCGUGUCCGCUGCCCCAGCCAAGCCCCCCGGGUCGGCCUCCUCUCCGCCGAAGAAGGUCCCGGCCAUCCGCCCCGGCGAGGGUGUCAAUACCUCCUUCGUGGCGACGCCUCCACCUGCGGGGACCACCUUCAAGAGCCAUCCCCUUCCGGCGGGGCCUGUGGCUUCGGCCUCUACGCCGGUGGGCUCGACUUCGGUCCCGGUGUCGGGCUCGGUCCCGGCCCCGGCCCCGGCCCCGGUGUCGGCUCCGGCCAUGCAGGCCUCCCUGCCUCGGGUCCUCGAUGCGGACAUCGGUUCUUCGCCGGAGCGCGCGCCGCCCCCCCCGGCUAGCGCAUCUGCCGGCCCUUCGCCCUCGCGACAGCCGGCCUCGACGACGACGGCGACGACGACGGCGGCGGCGGCGACGCUCGGCAGCCAGCCCCUCCCCACCACGCGUACCGCUCCGGCGGCUCCGGCCGCGGUGGGGCCCUCUGCAUCGUGGUCCGGCGCGGCGCCGCCUCUCCCGGUCGAUCCGUAUGAGCAGGAGUACCUGCUCGGGGCCGAUGACAUGCCCCCUGCGCAUGCCAUGGCCAACCCCGUGUUUCAGGAGCCGCCGGUCAUCUUCGAUGAUGUGGAUGACUCGUACUUCGAUGACCUGCUGCUGACCGGCACCGAGCCCACGCGCGCGGACUUCGAGCACCUCCUGACCAAGGCCCGCAUGACGCGCGAGUAUUACUACCACCUGCGGCACGACCUGUUCCGCACCCAGGAGCGCCUGGUGGCGGCCCUGUCGAAUGCACAGGAUUUGGCCGCGGCGCGCGAUGCGGCCGCCAUCGAGGCCAAGGAUUUCGCCCUGGUCGAGGCGCGCACCGCCACUUUGACCCGGCAUUUGGCCGAGGCCGAGGACAAUGCCGCCAUGGCACUGAAGCAUGCCGAGCGCGAGUCCCAACGCGCGCACCGUGCCGAGCAUGAGGUGUCCGUGUGGCGCGAUAAGAUGUUUGGCAUCCUGCACAAGCUCAAGGAGCUGGAGCAGGGCCCGGACCCGAUCGAGGAGACUCGUCUGGUGAGCGCCCUGGAGACCGCCGCCUCCGGGGUGGACUCCGGUGUGCUGGCCCUGACUGUGGCCUGCUCGGCGCAGGAGAAGGGGGUUGAGGGUCUGCGCGAGCGCAUUCGCGCGCAAACGGCCUCCCAGCGCUCGGCCAUUGCCGGGACCCUGACCAAGCUGAAGGAUGACCAGCAGGCCGCGGCGGCGGCCAUGCGCCUGGAGCAUGAUAAGGCCCUGCUGGAGCAGCGCCAGCUGCUGGAGCAGGCUCGCGAGCAGGCGGCCCUGGCCGAGCGCCGCGCUGUCGAGGCCGAAGCUCGCGGUGGCGAUGUGGCUCGACGCCUUGAGUCCGAGUUGGAAGCCCAGAAGCGCGCUACGGAGAAUGCCCAGGCGCAAAUCGACCGCUUGCGCGGCGAAUUCGAGCACAACCUGGCCCAGCAGCAGAUGCAGGCCCGGGCCGAGCGCGAGCGCCUGGAGGACCUCCUGAAAACGGGCGAGCGUGACGCUCAGACUGGCCGCGCUGCCUCCAACGAGGCGCAGAUUGCCAUGCAGCGCAUGGCCGAACGCGAGCGCCAGCUGACCGAGCGCCUGGCCGAAGUCGAGGCCCGCGAGCGCCAGGCGGCCCAACGUGCCGAGGAGCUGACCCGGAUGGAGCGUGCGAGCCGUGAGUUCUCCGACCGCCUGGAGCGUACUCGCCGGGCGGUGGACGCUCGGGACCGGGCGAUCGCCGCGCGCGCACGCGAGCUCUCCUCUCUCGAGGCGACGAAUGCCUCGGAGCGCCAGGCCCUUGUUCAGCGGUCUUCCGUCAUGGGGACUCGCAUCGAGGAUCUCCGUCAGUCCUAUGAGAUCCGAAUCCAGGGCCUCGAGGCGGAGAAUAGUCGACUUGUUCAGUUGUUGGCCGAUCUUCGACAGAGCGCCGUGCCCGGCAUUGCCGAUCGGGGCUUUUCGUCGCCUGGGGGCGGGGCGCGUGACGCCGGUACCCGGCUGAUGCUCCCGGCCCCGGGACGCUCGCAAUCCGAUUCGGCUACCAGCUCGGCUGGUGCUGCUCCCGCGGCCACGAUGCCCACCAUGUCGGGUGUUAACCGGUCGCACUCCGCGCCCGAAGCGCCGAAUGUCACCGGCGCCACCAACACAACCACCUCCGCUGCCACUGCUGCUGCCGCCACACCGGCCACCGCGCGUCCUGCCGCCGCUGGCCCCAUGGCUUCAUCCGGUCGGCCCUCCCAGCCCGGCGGGCUUGAUCCGGAGGAGGAACUCCGUCAGGAGAUUGCCAAGCUCCGCAUGAUGCUUGUCCCUCUCGGAGGUCGGCCGCCAAUCGCCCCGGUUGCCGGGCACCCUCCUCAACAUCAGGCCUCGCUACAGGGACAUGCGCAGCCGCAGCCGCAGCCGCAGCCGCAGCCGCAUCAACAUGCCCCUCAUGCCACGGCCAGCCACAUGGCUUCCCAUGCGGCUCCAUCGCACUACCGGACACCGGUGCCGCCCCAGCCUGUUGCCCCGAUGGGCGGAUCAUACUACCCGACCCACUCGACAUCCGGUGCAGCUGGGCACGGUGCGUACUCGUAUGGCGCUGCUCCGAGUCGCACGUAUGCGCACAUGGCGCCUCCGGCAACCGGGCCAGGCCACUCCUACGCCGCCCCGGGUCGUUACUAG